AGGCUCUUUCAAACAAAAAUAGUUCAAUUUGUAGUUUUUGUAAAAAAAUUUAAAAAAGUAAUUUUAAGUACUUUUUUAGGGCCUAACAUUUUAACAUGGGCCACGUGUACUCACAGGCUUACUGAUCAUUUACAAAGAAACUGAGGGUGAAUAUGUACAUAUCUAUGUAAAACAUAAAAAAUAAUUACUUUAUGCACAGAACCGACAAAGACACUAAUGUGCAGAAACACCCAUCCGCCAAAUGCGGGUGGAUUUUCCGUUUGGCGGCCAAAUGUUAGAAAGCUACCUGCCGCAUUGGCGGGUAAAUGUACUCUGCUUAUAAAUUUGACAGCAGCAGACCGGCGUGCUUGCUGGUUGUGAGUCGCACUUAAAUUGAUCCCCGAUGUACCAAGGGAUCUAAAUUAUUGGGCGUGUUAGGGGCGUUCACUGGUUGUUCUUUUCCUGUUACUUAUGUUUGAUUGGCGUUGAUUUGUAAGGGGGUGGACGUUAGGCGACAGGAGUCUGGAGGGGAGCGUGGGAGUGUAGCCGCUUUCAUGCAGAGAUCAGUGCAGAAAGAAUAUCUGCGUUUAUGUCGCAUUCGCGUCUUCACACUGAACAACAGUUUGCAGCUUUAUCCCGUGUGAAAAGGCCUUAAUCCUGCAACCAUGUGUGCUUUCACAUAGCGGUCCGGCUUUACGGCGUGUCGGCUGUGGCUUUUCACAAACAGAUCGUCUGUCACCAACUUUUCCUGCUGAGAGCUGAGGUGGAGAAGCAUCAUGGACAAAGUGAGGAGGAUCCUGGUUUAUGUUUGUAAGGAGCGAGCAGCUCCACAGCGAGCUCAGUUUGUUCAGAGUAUAACGGCUCACUUCAGUGACGGCGGUGAGGACGAGGUGGAGGUGAACUGCUCUCUGGAGAAAAACCAGUUCAUCCUUUACAGAGGAGACAAAGGACGAGGGAUUCCUCUGAAGAGGCCCGCCUUCUGUCCCAUCAAACACCUGUCAGCCACGGAGGCAGCUGCGAUCCCACUGGACGUUCAGCAGCGUGGAAUAGAUGUGGGCGUGGCUAUACUCCUGCAGACAGCCAAUCAGAGAGUGUUGUUGACACGACGGUCGAAGGAGCUUCGUAUAUUUCCCAACGUCUGGGUCCCUCCAGGUGGCCAUGUUGAGCCAGAUGAGACGCUGCUGGAUGCCGGCCUCAGGGAGUUAGAGGAGGAAACCGGCCUGAAACUGAAACCUGAGGAAGUUUCUCCAAAAAUACUGGGACUCUGGGAGUCAGUGUAUCCUCCCAUGCUGUCCAGAGGACUUCCUCAGAGACAUCACAUAGUCAUCUACAUGCUGCUGCACUCCUCCCUCUCUCACCUGCAGCUACAGGCCUGUCUGAGCCCGUCUCCUGCCGAGGUCAGUGCCUGUCUGUGGGCCGACAGCCGGCUGGUCGGAGCCGUCGUGUCCUCCGUGGACAGAGAGGACGCCGAGGUUUGUCUGGACGACCUGCCGAGCAGCAUCAGUGUGUCGCAGGUUUCCACAGAGGGAGCCCUGACUGACUCCACCCUGCCUCUGACGGUGCUGGUCAGCCGGGCGCCGGUCAGCGGCCCGGACGUGGAGCGGGUCAGCACCGGGACCAAGUACGCCCUGGAACUGUGGCUGAGAAGCCUGGAGACCCCCGUCCUCUGACCCCCACUGGACCGGGA